UCGGAGUUGAAGCCAGGGGAACAGAAAGGCAGUCAGAUCCGCGGAGGCAGCGAGAAGAUUAUAACCCACUCAAGUCAGUUCUAGGCAGCAGCCAGGCGUUGUUCUCCAUUGCCAGAGGAAGGUGAGAAAGAAACAAGGACUUUGGUGGCCGCCCGAAAGAAAGAAAGAAGGAGGGAGGAAGGAAAGAAAGCAAGAGCGGCAGGACAGGCAGAGGGAGGAGCGUGGGUCUGGCAGGCGGGGGCGAGGCGGGCAGCAGGAGGAAGAAAAGGCAGCGGGAGCUCCGGCCAAGCAGACACUCGGCGCCAGGUCCUUGCAUGAGUCUGCCUGCGUCGCCUUUGGCUGCUUCGCUCCACGGGCUUCCGAAGGAGGAGGAGAGCAGCUCUUCUCAAGCCUCGGGGAGAGAGACGCGCCCCUCCUUCUCCCUGGACCCGAGUGCCACCCAUGGGCGGCAUCCAGGGACCCAGAAAAGUCGCUCCAGGCUCAGCCUGCACGCCGCACCUUCUCACCUGAAGAAAGUUUGCUGCUCCUGCCAGACCCGCAAAAAGAUGAAGUCUCGAUAGCGACACAUCUUGGGUCUUGUGGGAACGUCGGGAUGGACGCCUCUGCUUCAAAUACACGGGUAUACUCUUAAAAACGGGGCUGGCGGGAGUGGGCAAGUUGAUACCCGGGCUCUGAGGACUCUAGCAGGUGGGUAGAAAAGGGAGGUUCUGUGAAAAAAGUCUUUGUUAAGGGCUGCUGGGCUUGUUUUGUUUUUCAAAAGUUUGUGUAGUUCCUCCCUGCCCCCUCAAGGGUUUCUUGGUCCCCCCACCUUUCUUGGUCCCCCCACACCACCCAGAAUAUGGACCCCGAAGCGAUCUCUAUGAACUGGACCCGGGACAUCUCCUGGUUGGACCCCAACGCCUCCAAGACGUUCUCUGAGCAGCCCUCCAAGCGUGAAGGCAAUGGCAGCUUCCUCUCGGAAAUCGGCAUCGAGAACUUUGUCACGCUGGUUGCAUUUUGCCUUAUCUUCAUACUGGGGGUGCUGGGCAACUCCUUGGUCAUCACGGUGUUGGCCAGGAGCAGGCCGGGCAAAAUCCGGAGCACCACCAACAUUUUCAUCCUCAACCUGAGCAUCGCCGACUUGGCCUACUUGCUCUUCUGCAUCCCGUUCCAGUCCACAGUGUAUAUGCUUCCCAGCUGGGUACUGGGCACCUUCAUCUGUAAGUUUAUCCACUACUUCUUCACCGUCUCCAUGCUGGUCAGUAUCUUCACCCUUUCAGCGAUGUCGGUGGACCGCUAUGUGGCCAUUGUCCAUUCGCGGCGCUCCUCAUCCCUGCGGGUGUCCCGUAAUGCUCUGUUCGGCGUAGGUGUCAUCUGGCUUCUCUCCAUCGCCAUGGCUUCACCUGUGGCUCACCACCAACGUAUUGUCCACCAGGACAUCAUUAACCAGACCUUCUGCUGGGAAGUGUGGCCCAAUCUUCAGCACAAGAAAGUCUACGUGAUCUGCACGUUUGUCUUUGGGUACCUGUUGCCUCUGCUGCUCAUCUCAUUCUGUUAUGCUAAGGUCCUCAAUCAUCUUCAUAAGAAGCUAAGGAACAUGUCAAAGAAAUCAGAAGCAUCAAAGAAAAAGACAGCACAAACAGUCCUGGUUGUUGUGGUGGUUUUUGGGAUAUCCUGGCUGCCGCAUCAUAUUGUACACCUCUGGGCGGAAUUUGGAAACUUCCCUCUGACUCAAGCUUCAUUUCUGUUCAGAGUGAUAGCACAUUGCCUGGCUUACAGCAAUUCUUCUGUGAAUCCUAUUAUAUAUGCUUUCCUCUCUGAAAACUUUAGGAAGGCUUAUAAGCAAGUGUUCAAAUGCCAGAUUGGUAGCAGCUCACCUCUGAAUGAAGUUAAAGAAAGUAAGAGUAAUAUUGAGAACCCACCAUCAACUAAUUUAACACAUGUCUGAAAAACAUCAAUAAAGGUCUUUAUCUGCAAUGUUGAUUUUUUUCACAUGAAUGGAAAUACUUCGAAAAAAAAGCACAGUUGGAGAUGUAUUUCAGGAUUUUCACUAGAAAAGUAGUUCAAUUUUUAGAAAUUCUGUUCAUACAAGAGCUGGUGAAAAUUAGCAAUGCAUGCAUAAGGAAGUUCAGAUGAAAGACACUUUAAUGAGAUUUUCUUCAAAAUGAAAAAGAACAUUUACUCCAGAAAAUUAAUUUCUUAGAUGUUAACUACCUUGUUACGCAUGUAGAAAGAAAGGUAUUCAUUUAUUUCUAGCCUUUGUGAUAUUUUUCAAUAUAAGGCAAUUAAGUGAAACAAAAAAGAAUUGAGCCAUUAGUUCCCAAAAUAUGCCCCUCAUGAAAGAAGGAAAUAUGAUACACAUCAAAUCAGAGACACGUGAGACAUGAAGGGUAGUAAUGCCUCUCCCGGUUUCUACCUACAGCUUGCUGUGGGAGAAAGACACCCACUUAUAUUGAUGAAAGUUUCCUUCCUAUUUCAAACAGUUGGUGUAAAGAUGUUCCCUUGCCCACCCAAUCAUGGAAAACGGCACCAGCCAUAGAUUGGGUUGAAUAAAGUCCACUUUGUUUAACACAGAUUCUUUUUCAUUGCAUUUAACCUAGAAUGAAGCAAGAAGGGGAAGCAACCUAGUGUGGGAUCACCUGAAGUAGGCAUCAGAUCUUGACUUUCUUUUCAGCCACCCCCCUGGAUGUAAUACAUGAGCCCCAUGGGGAAGCCAAAGCUGGUUGCUCCCCAUUCAGCCAGCUCCUGGAAGGCAGAUUCAAGGAACACUCUUCAGGUUGCAAAACAAGGCAAAGUGAGGGUAAAGUCCACAGGCCAACCCAAGAGUAAUCUCCUUCAAACAACAAUUUUAGAGCACUUCUCUUCACCCCAAAAGGUAUUCACCAUAACUGCUAUUUUUCUCCCCCACUGUCUGCCAAGUGACCUCCUGUUUAGGGAUUCCACCCCAAGCCAGUUAUCUCCCAGAAACAGUGUAUGAUAGUCAAGUAUCCCAAGCAAAAAGGAAAAAAAAAUCCUUGAAGAUCCUGAAACAACAAACACAACCCACACUCUACUGGAGGCAGGAGUGUAGGUCAGUUUUAGUCACCCAAAGAAGAUCUAAAGGGGUCAGAAAGACCUUAAAUAUCUUCUGGCUUCACCCUCCCCAUGUUCACCAUCUAGUGUCAUCAUACUUGAUGUAAAAACACCUCGCAUCUCUCCAUUAGAGUCCAGCAAAGGCAUAGUUUGCCUCUUGAAGCAACUUUCACUAUAAGCUGUAGGGCUAAAUAGUUCUUAAUCCUUUUUAGGAUGGAUCUACACUGCCAUUUAAUCCAGAUUAUCAAAGCGGAUAAUCUAUAUUAUUUGAUUUGAACUGAAUCAUAUGAGUAUUUUGAGCAGAAUUAUAUGUGGUUUAUGGAAGCCGCCCUGAGUCUCUUCAGGGAGAGAGGGUGGCUUAGAAAUAAAGUUGUUGUUGUUGUUGUUGUUGUUGUUGUUGUUGUUGUUGUUGUUGUUGUUGUUAUACAAUGCCAUAUAAUUCAGUUCAAAGCAGAUAAUCUGCAUUUUAUAUGGCAGUGCAGAUGGGGCCUUAAUGUCUUUUGACAGUAUUUAACUUUAGGGGGAAAAUAAAGGGAAAUACAAGACAAAUGUCACCUUUAACUUGGCCCUGACAAAUUCUUUAAAUCUCUGACCCCCUCAGCAAGAAGUGUGACUCCUCAGAAAAAAGUAGGUAUUACUAUUCUCUGGAGUUUGACAUGGAAAACCAAAGUAUUCCUGGAAAAACAAAUCUCUCAGCCAGAGCCUAUUGUUGCAACACAAAUCUAUUUUAGUCCUAGAAUUAAUGCCAGGGAUGAGGGGUGGGGAAUAAAAUCACCAUGAAGGAAAUACAUUUUGAGAUAAAGAGGAUAACUAAAGAAAAAGUUUGUCUUUUGGUUCUACUAAUGUCUCUACUAGGGCUUUGUGACCAAUAAAAAAUGUUUCAAAACUCAUUACAAAAUUAGGGGGCACCGGUGUUUCGUUUCUAAAAUGUUUAUACAGCAUUGUUAGUGAAAAUUUCAUUACUAUAGCAAGAGUAAUGAAAUUUCAUGACUUUUUCAUUAUAGUAAUUGCACAAGUGGAGAAACUUCAGGGGCUCCCUUCUCCCUAAUUUUUACAGCUAUUGGGGUGAAACUUGCUACAAUGGUAGAACACGUUCACCACAGGUAGCCCAUCAAGUUUCAGAAUGUUUCACUUAUCCAAAAAGUUUUGGAGAAUUUUCAAAGUUUUUAUAAACAAUAUUUUUUAAAACAAACUUCAAGAGCUAUCUUCUUUUAUUUUCUAUACACUGGCACAAGACAACAGGGGAUCAUUCCCUCCAACUUUCAGAAAUAUUCAUACACCCACAGAUUUUUUUUGACAAAAAUGUUUUUUUAAAAGCCACAACAGCUAUUUCAUUGAAUCUCUCUCUCUCAUAUUAACCAAUAGAACUUACAUUUAGGGAUUUCUUCCCACAGAGAUUUACUUACUAGAAGUAUCAGUCAGUCCUUCCCUUUGCAGAUUCAAUAGUGUAUUGAAACUCUGACUGGCUGCUGCUACGGAGGGCCAAAUCUCUCCCCUAUCAUGAUUGGGGCUUUCUGAUGUUGAGUAGAAUUCUGGGAAAUGUAGUUUAGGGUAGUGCCUUUUGAAUUCUCUGGCAUAGGGCUCCUUGCCUUCCCAAACUACAUUUCCCAGAGUUCUGUGCUUUCUUUCCCAGCAAAGUCUGUUUUCUCCCUGCUGUUUCCCUCUCCUAAUGGUGAGAGGCCAUUAGUUUAAAGAGGAAUUGCAGCCUUUUUGUCUUUGCUUUGCUUCCUUGAGCUGAAAAUGAAACUGACUUUGAGAGACUUCCAAGGUUUACAAAAUUCAAAUGAAAAAGUAUUGGGUAAGUUUCAAUUCUUUAGUUUUUGGUGCGGGCCAUGACUACAUGUUAGAUAUCACAUUGUAAGUAUGAAUUUAACCAAUUUGAUAUGACUUAUGAUGACUAAUAAUAAUUUUGCACAGCCCUACCUUGCUAAAAGUGUAAGUCACACUGGUAAGUCUGUCUUCAGAUGUCAAGCACAAACAUUUAUAAAUUUUUAAAAAAUUAUAAAAUGUUACAUAAUUCCUUGACAAAAAUUAGGCUUUGAAUGAAGGGCAACAUCUAAUAAAGUCUGCAGGCUACAGUCAUCUCCAUCAUAUUUUAUCUGAAUCAUUUCCCAUUCAUAGAAACUUUUAUAAAUGACUGUGGGUGUUAACAGAAGACGCAUCUUUGUAAUUCAAGCACUAGGCUUGACAGUAACACUUUUAUAAUAUAUCCCGGAUACAUACUACUGUUCAUUUUUUAAAUCGACAUGCAAGACAGAAAUAACAUCCCAAACUGUCUAGAACCUCCUCAGUUUGCAGUGUGAUAUUGACGAACAGGGAUUAAUACAGGGGCAGGAGCUCAUGUUUUUUUAAUCUUUGCCAUCCAAUAUCUAUUUGCAAAUUUAGAUUAAAGCAAUUGAUUAUUCUGAUGGAAAGGGGUGAGUUUGAGAAGUUAAUGAAUUACAGAAACUUUAACAAUGAAUGGUACUUUUUCAGAACUUUGAAAACAUAUACUUUUAACAAGAGGAACAAAUGCAAAUCACAGACUUCUAACUAAUCAUAUGAUUUAUACAUUCAUUCUUAGGGCUUUAGGACCCAGCUAGUACUGCACUGAUCUAAUGGGAAGUUGAUUUCCUUUGUUAUCUAUUAGUCAUACCCAAUAGCAAAAGUAUGUAAUAUAGCAACAGGGCACAUCUCUGUACCUUCCAUGAUGGGUGAUCCAGGAGUAACUUUUGUGAAAUGGACAUUCCUAAGGAAACUCUGUCAAAUCCUAUGGAAAAGAUUGUUUUAAGAAUAAUCAGCAUUUGCUUAGAUUGAGCAGAACAGCUGGAAUUCUAAUCAAUUUUGUGAGUUUGCACAGUUGAAUGAGCGAAGUUGCCUGCUAUUGAACUUUGUUGUCAGGUGCUGCCUCAUUAAUUUCAUGCACUUUAAUUAUACAAAAACAUCAAGAAAUUGUCUCAGUUUUUUUGGGAAGUAUUACACUACAGCUGUUGCUGCUUACUCCCCCUUCCUUUCCUCUUCCCCUUUUUCUUCCUCCUCCUCUUCCUUGCAUAUGAAAUGCUUUUUCAUUGUUACCACUCCAUUGAUGCAUUCAAAUGAAAUUGACCAGUGCUGUUACCCUUGAUAGCAAAUUAACUGUCUUAAUUUACGGAAGUUUUACUCAAUUCAAAUAAUGAAUGUCAUGAAUAGCAUGGAUGUCAUAAAAGUGCAAACCUUUUAUAAAUUAAACCUGACACAAUCACAUACAAACACAGAGGUCAGAUACAUCUGAAAGCAUAAUUGAAGUGAAAAUUUGAGAGGAGGUACAAAUAAAACUGGUUUGAAUUUGUAUGGACAGAAUGCUUUUCUACCUUGUACAAGGAGAUGGAGGCCCCUUCUAUACUGCCAUAUAAUCCAGUUCAAAGCAGUGUAGAAGGGGCUGGAGUUCUGCUUUCUAGAGUUGUGAUAAUAGAACUGAUACAAAAGUUCAACUUCAUUGUUUCUGAAAGCUUAAUACUCAGGUUUACCAAAGGGGUAUUUCAACCUUCUAAAGCCAUACACAUAUAAUCUUUGAGAAAAAAUCUCUACUUUAUUAUGUCACACAGUUCAGAUGACAGAACAAAUCUCUAGCUUAUUCUGUCACCCUAUUUUCAUGUUGCUAGUAAACUGUCAGUGAACUUGGCUUUUAAAGAAUGAAAUGAAGCACUCAGUAUAUUGGUAAAGAAAUGUUUACUCUAAAUUAAGGAGAUGUUUCCAUAGGCAUAAAUAUCUCAUCCUGAACUACAUCAUUAUGGGCAAAAGGAUCUCGUUGCACCUUUGAGAGUAAGAGAAAGCCAUUGGUAUGAUAAGCUUCUGUAGACUUAAGUUUACUACAUCAAGUGCAUCAUUAUGUCUUGCUGUUGUUUUUAAUGUGAAAGGUAUUUUAGGCCUCUUUGCUUACAGACAGCUCUGUGAAAAGUCCAUUGAGAGGUGAGUGCAUAUUUCAGUUCGUCCAUCACAACAUUGACCUUACUAAACAAAUAAAUUACAUUAUGCUGAAACAUGAAACAGGCACUAUUUAAAUCAUGUUGAUUCAGCACACAUGCAUUUGGUCCACUCUUCCUUGGUCACUUCCAUUGUGAGAUGAACAGAGAUUAAUCUGAAGAGAAGAACUCUACUUUGUGUGGAGGCUCUCCGUGCCAUCACAAACUCACCAUCAAACAAAUGUUCCCAGUCAUAGGGGAACUUGUGGUCUUCUCCUCAGACUUGAUGAUCUGCACUGGAGUGAUGAAGGAAGCUGGGGGUCUCGCAUGCCUACCUCUUUGUAUUCUGAGUCUACACGUUUUUAAAAAGCUCCAAGAAGGUUCCACUGGAACCCUAUGCAUGUUGACUUGGAAUUAAGUUCCACCUACUUCAACACAGCUUAGUUUUAGGUGAAAGUGCACAAAUGUACAGUUCAAAACUUCAGUCCUGAAGACAUAAGGAUGUAAGCUCCAUUGAUACAGCGGGUCUUACUUUCAAGUUAAUGGAUACAGGAUCACAUAGACCUCAGCCAAGGGAAUUGGUUUUAUCUUAGUAAAAAGUGUAGGAGGACAUUUUUUUAAAAAAGUAAUUUGCAGUCAACACAUUAACUUAUCAUUUCAGAGUAUACUUCUGCUUGCAGUUCAUGGCAUUGCUAGGCAACUAAUUACAUUGGAGCAACAUUUUCUGAUGGAUGCCACCAUAGGAAUAGUUUAUGAAAACAAAGAAACAAAUCAUCUGUGAGCCCCAGGCCUUGACUAGCCAGUUUAGUUGAAAUCUUAGAAAAGUAGUUUCAAGGUCGUACUUGGCAUAAAAUUUGUUUUGUUUCUAUUUAUUGCAGCACUUGCAUCAUCAUCCUGAUAUAUUUUCAAUUAUAAACUCUCCCUAUCUGAAAAUCUGAUGCUGGGUGAUAUUAUCAAUAAAAUAAACUUUCCUGAGACUAAGAUCUUUUGACCUCAAUGCAAUUUACUUUUGAUUAGCCAUGUAUAAGGAUUAUACUUUAAGUCUGUUUGAAUUAAUGACCAAAACUACUUUUGAAAACACUAGAAUAUUACAUUGAAUUUGAAUUUCACUAAGCACCAUGAAACCAGAACUGGUAGUAUAGACUCGUGUUAAUGGUACCAAGGAAAAAUUAGAUCAGAUAAUGGAUUAAAUCUUCUCUCUACCAGCCAUGACUUAGGCAGACUUAAUACUUGGCUAGGGAUUCUCAGUAAUAUACAACAAUGAACGAAAAGCACUGUAUUAUACUGCCUUAGUGAGCCAAGAAACCCAAUGAAAAUUGGCAUGUAGUAGUAUCAAUGGUAAUUUACUGGGGGUUGCAGUGGCGCAAUGGGUUAAAGGUUGGUGGUUCGAAUCCGCGAGACAGCGUGAGCUGCCAUCUGUCAGCCCUAGCUUCCCAUGCAGGAACAUGAGAGAAAACUCCCAAUAACACAUCCCAGGGCAUCCCCUGGGUAACGUCUUUGUAGACAGCCAAUUCUCUCACACCAGAAACAACUUUCAGUAUGUUUUCAAUUAGCUUCUGACACGAUAAAAAAUUGUCAUUUGGAUUUGAUUCUUAAAUUGGGUUAAGGUGCCUUAUAAAGGCCAGUCUCAUUGCACAACUAUGGGCAGUUUUUCCCCAUUUUUAUUAUUUUAUUGCUUUAUCUCUCUGUCUUUUUUCAAAAGCAGUAGAUAAAGUUUAGUUGUCAGUCCAUUGGUAGAUAUACAGGGAAGUUAUGGGAUGGGAUAUUAUGAAGUUCUAAUUUUAGAGACAGUGUUUUUGGGGGGGAGAGGUUACAUUUUUAAUGGCUUGAGAAAACUACACACACACAACCGUGGAGAACUGCCAGGGUGCUACAAAUCUGCACUUGACUGACCAGUUCCCUUUUAACUCCAACCAUUAUUUUAAUUCCCCAUAUUCCAUUACAAGGAGCUUCCCCACUCUGCUCAGAGUACUGUCUCCUUCAUUAGUGAUUUUAGUGUUGGACUCAGACUCUGGGAGACCAAAGUUUGAAUCCCUGCUUAGCAUGGAAACCCGCUGGGUAGCCUUGAGGAAGUCACACACAUGGCCUCAGGCAGUAGCAAAUUUAUUCUGAAUCAAUCUUGUCAAGAAGAUCCUAUGAUCAUAAGCACAACAGUGGAUACUGUUGGAAGAAGGGACUACCAGAAGACACAUUUCCCAAAGCGUUUUCAAUUUAUGAGACUGGCCUAUGCUCUUUUCUGUUUCAGAAGACAUAGUUUCGAUUAAUAUCAAUCCCCAGAUGCUGACAUACAUUACCAGACAAAACACCGAUAUCUUUGUACACAGACUUAUGAAACAGAUGGUCAAUGCUGAUCUGGGAGGGUUUAUAGCUAAGUUAGUUUUGAAGGGAUGGUUCACAUUUAAAUAUGAGAAACAUUGCCCUUGUCAUUAAAAUCACAUGUCUUAAAACCUCCGUGGCUUUUUAAAGAAUCAUGGAAAUUACCUUUGCUGACAUUUCAUUAAGAAGUUAAUCGAGGUGUCUAAUAAACACUUUAUUAUUUGCUCUCUUGAGCAAUUCAAGCAAUCCAGAACCAAGACACGAAUUGCUUUGUGAACAUCAUUCUAUUAUGGGAAGCUAAUCAAAUAGUAAUUUGCAUACUUUUGUAUUUCUUAACCUGUAAUAUUUCAGAAGGGAAAAGAACAACAAAACGCAUGGGAAGGGAUGCUAUAAAGAUGAAAAUUACAUUCAGGGCUGCUUCACAUAUUCUGGAAUCUCACUGCAAUGAUUUUCAACUGAUUAUAUUAUAAACCCUCUGUGAGAAAAUAAACUAUACUUUUGUAUUUUUGCUGUAUGGAAUUUCAUGUGGCAUGUAUUUUAAUAUUCCUUGCUAGUAGCUUUAGUUUAUAAGUGAAAAAUAAUAAAAGUAACAUGUAACGUUU